AUGACGUGGAACUGUAGAGGGGCUGCUAAGCCCUCUUUUGUACGAGUUGCUCGAGAUCUGAUUUCUCAUUAUAAGCCUACUAUUUUUGUUGUUUUGGAAACUAGAGUUGGUGGUGAUCAGGCUAGCCAGAUCCGUCGGCGCUUGGGUUAUACUCAUUCUCUUCUUGUUGAUUCUCAGGGUUUCUCAUGUGGUUUAUGGAAUAAGUCUGAGGUUGAUAUUCAAGCGACUUCAGUUUCUCGGUGGGCCAUACAUGCGGUUGUUAAUGUUCCUGCCGCUAAACCUUGGGUUCUUUCUUCUAUUUAUGCUAGUAAUAAUCCUAAGAUGCGACAUCAGGUAUGGAAUGAACUUAAAACUGUUUCCGACAUUGACUGCCCUCUUGGGGUUAUUGGUGGCUUAAAUGUCCUUCAUAGUCUCUCGGACAAGAAAGGGGGUAUUCUACCUACCUAUUCUGAUAUUAACGAGCUUAAUAAUGUGAUGAAUGUUUGCCACCUUAUGGACAAGAAGCCUACUGGGCCUCGGUUUACAUGGACAAGUAAGCAGGUGAAUGGGCGUAAUAUUCAAGAACGUUUAGAUCGGCUCCUCAUCAAUGAUCUGUGGCAGCUGAUGUUCCCUAAUGCUCAGGUAUCUCACUUGCAUGUCUAUAAUUCUGAUCAUAGAGUGUUCAUGGUAGAUACUAGCCCCACUUUUAAGUUUCGGCCCAGGCCUUUCCGUAUUGAAGCUAUGUGGUUACAGGACAUUAGAUUUAAACAUUUAGUUGCUCAAAUUUGGGCUCAACGAGAGUCCGGUGCAGAGUCUAGCUUAAGUCUUGCUCAGAAAUUUCGCAUUUUAGCUUUGGAAGCUAAAUUAUGGAAUAAAAGCAAGACUGGAUCUUAG